AUGAUCCAAGGGAGGAACCCGGGUGUAACGCCUGUGUGGUAUAUGCGUCAAGCUGGCCGUAGCCAAGCGGAAUAUCGCAAAAUCAAAGAAAAAUAUACAUUAUUUGAAAUUACAAAAGAGCCUGAGCUAUGUGCUCGUGUUACGGAAUUACCUGUUAAGGAAUACGGCGUCGAUGCGGCGAUUCUCUACAAAGAUAUUAUGAGCCCAAUGGUGGCCAUGAAUGUGAAUGUAGAACUCAAGGCCGGUGUAGGACCUGUGUUUAGCACGCCUAUCCGUUCUAUGGCUGAUGUAGAUGCUCUAGAACCCUUUGAUCCUACCAAGGUAGAGUACAUCAGUAAAACGAUUACACUCUUAACAUCUGGCAUGCUAGACGUACCACUCAUUGGUUUCUGUGGUGCACCGUUUACGAUUGCAUCCUACCUUAUCGAAGGGGGACCAACGAAAAACUACAAUAAGACUCGUGGCAUGCUCAUAGGCGCUCCUUAUGUGUGGAAUGCACUGAUGACUAAACUAGCGGACAUGUCUAUUGCGUACUUAUCCAUGCAAGCCGAAGCCGGUGCCAAUGCACUUCAAAUCUUCGACUCUUGGGUAGGGGCUGUUAAUGCAGAUCAGUAUAAACAAGGGAUUUACCCUCAUAUGGAGCGGAUCAUCAAAACUGUGAAAGCUAAAUACCCUCAUUUGCCAAUGGCCAUGAAUGGCGUUGGUACGGAUCAUUUGGUGUCUAUUUGGUCUCACCUGCCGUUAGAUGUCAUUGCCCUUGAUUGGCGUAGUUCCAUCGUUAUGGCAAACGAGCGCGGUGUAACACAAACGGUACAAGGUAACUUAGAUCCGGCGUAUUUGUUCGGAGACGAAAAAACAUUGGCCCGCGAAGUGGAUCGUAUCUUGCUCGACGGCAUUCGCUAUGGGCGCCAUAUCUUUAAUUUAGGUCAUGGCAUAUUCCCUGAGGCAGAUCCUCAAAAACUCCAUUGGCUAACGGACUAUGUGCAUGAACGUAGUCGUGAACUUUGGGCUCAAGAGAGUAGCCCUUCAAGUAAGGAUGAUUUAGUACCCUAUAUGACGAGCAUUCGUCGUGGCCGUGUACCAACGGAAGCAGAGCUUACAAAUCUCACUAAGCGUUAUGAUACAAUCGGUCAAUGGGAAAAUGUUGAACUCCAAACUAUGGCAGAGUGCCAAUAUAAAACCUUGCUUACUCUGUUGCCAAUUAUGCCUUCCGCUAUUGGUUUUUUACAUAUGAAACCAUCCAUUGCAAAUGCGGUUGACUCUUUAGUCCAGCAAGGAGCGGAGCAUAUUAUCGCUAUUGUAACAGCUCCAUUCUUUACCGCUCUCGGUACAGGGGCUUAUGAAAAACAAGUACAAGCAGCUAUUUCAAAUUAUGAUAAUGUGACAUUCGACUUUAUCCGUUCCUGGUGGGACCAACCAACUUUCAAGGAAUACUGGGUAAAAGCACUUUCAGAGUGUGUGCAUAAUGCUAAAGAUGUAUUCGUUAUUUUUAGUGCGCACAGUAUACCGCUCAUUAAUAAUCAUGGUGGCGAUUCGUAUGCGUUAGCUUUAGAGGAAAGUGCUAAAGAGAUUGCUGAACAUUGUAAAUUACCGAAAUGGACUGUAGCAUGGCAAAGUGAGGCUCCUCAUGGUCAAUGGUUGGGCCCUACUGUAGAGGAUGCAAUCAAUGAAGCCUUACAAACUGAUGCUACUCGCAUUGCUUUUGUACCAUUUGGGUUUGUAAGUAAUCACGUUGAGGUACUGUACGAUAAUGAUGUGGAGUGUAAAGAACUCGUUGAAGCAAAGGGCGCAACAUAUAUGCGUGCACCCAUGCCAAAUUGUAAUGAAACAUUUUUACAAGCAAUGGCGAGUGCAAUAAUAGAAAGGAUUCAUUCGUGA